UCCCCCGGCCGCCGCCCGCCUCUCUCCGCCGGCCGGCCGGCCCCUCCUCGGCGGUGCGCUUUCGCCCCGCUCUCAGCUGCCCGUCUACCCCGCAGCGGCCACCCCCGUUCCCCGCAGCAUGUUCAGCUGGGUCAGCAAGGAUGCCCGCCGCAAGAAGGAGCCGGAGCUCUUCCAGACAGUUGCGGAGGGGCUGCGGCAGCUGUACGCACAGAAGCUGCUGCCCCUGGAAGAGCACUACCGCUUCCACGAGUUCCACUCGCCCGCGCUGGAGGAUGCUGACUUCGACAACAAGCCCAUGGUGCUUCUCGUGGGCCAGUACAGCACGGGCAAGACCACCUUCAUCCGGCACCUGAUCGAGCAGGACUUCCCGGGGAUGCGCAUCGGGCCCGAGCCCACCACCGACUCUUUUAUCGCGGUCAUGCACGGCCCCACCGAGGGCGUGGUGCCCGGCAACGCGCUCGUCGUGGACCCACGGCGCCCCUUCCGCAAGCUCAACGCCUUCGGCAACGCCUUCCUCAACAGGUUCAUGUGUGCCCAGCUGCCCAACCCGGUCCUGGACAGCAUCAGCAUCAUUGACACUCCCGGGAUCCUCUCUGGAGAGAAGCAACGCAUCAGCAGAGGUUACGACUUUGCUGCGGUCCUGGAGUGGUUCGCUGAGCGGGUGGACCGCAUCAUCCUGCUCUUCGAUGCCCACAAGCUGGACAUCUCCGACGAGUUCUCUGAGGUCAUUAAGGCACUCAAGAACCACGAGGACAAGAUCCGCGUGGUACUGAACAAGGCCGACCAGAUCGAGACGCAGCAGCUGAUGCGGGUGUACGGGGCCCUCAUGUGGUCCCUGGGCAAGAUCAUCAACACCCCCGAGGUGGUCCGCGUCUACAUUGGUUCUUUCUGGUCCCACCCGCUGCUCAUCCCUGACAACCGAAAGCUCUUCGAGGCCGAGGAGCAGGACCUCUUCAAAGACAUCCAGUCUCUGCCCCGAAACGCUGCCCUCAGGAAGCUCAAUGACCUGAUCAAGCGGGCCAGGCUGGCCAAGGUCCAUGCCUACAUCAUCAGCUCCCUCAAGAAGGAGAUGCCCAACGUCUUUGGUAAAGAGAGCAAGAAGAAGGAACUGGUGAACAACCUGGGUGAGAUCUACCAGAAGAUUGAGCGGGAGCAUCAGAUCUCCCCCGGAGACUUCCCGAGCCUCCGCAAGAUGCAGGAACUACUGCAGACCCAGGACUUCAGCAAGUUCCAGGCCUUGAAGCCCAAGCUGCUGGACACAGUGGACGACAUGCUUGCCAACGACAUUGCUCGACUGAUGGUGAUGGUGCGCCAGGAAGAGUCCCUGAUGCCCUCCCAGGCCGUGAAGGGCGGUGCCUUCGAUGGCACCAUGAACGGGCCGUUUGGGCACGGCUAUGGCGAGGGGGCCGGUGAGGGCAUCGACGACGUUGAGUGGGUAGUGGGCAAGGACAAGCCCACCUACGAUGAGAUCUUCUACACACUGUCACCUGUCAAUGGCAAGAUCACAGGAGCCAACGCCAAGAAGGAGAUGGUGAAGUCCAAGCUACCCAACACGGUGCUGGGGAAGAUCUGGAAGCUGGCCGACGUGGACAAGGACGGGCUGCUGGACGACGAGGAGUUCGCCCUGGCCAACCACCUCAUCAAGGUCAAGCUGGAGGGCCACGAGCUGCCCGCUGACCUGCCCCCGCACCUCGUCCCGCCCUCCAAGCGCAGGCAUGAGUGACCGCCCUGGCCAUGCAGGGCCACCCGGAUGUCCUGCCCACCCUCUGUGCCUGCCCAGGUGGGCGGGGCCUGGGAGGCAGAGAUUGGGGGAGGGGAAGGGUCACCACCUUUCAAGGUCCAUAAAGACUGAGCGGUGUUUCCUCAGUUCUCAAACAGGAAGACCACCAUCUUUCUUUAAGGCUGUUCCUGGGCCCGUUGGGGGAGGCGGGGUGACGCUCGGAUGUGAAUGAUGGAAUUUUGUGCACAAGAACUAUGGAUAUUUUUAAUAUAUAACGUUAGAGGCAGCCUUCUUUCUUGCCUCCUCCUCUGUCCGACAGCCCAUGCACACACACCUUCUCUUCCGUCCCAGCCUUUACUCUUGCCCUGGCUAGCCGCCAUGGCAGCUGACCCCAGGGUGCUGGGCCGCCUGGCCCGCCUCAGCUCAUGGUCUGGCAGCUGCCACCAGGGGCCGCCGAAUAGACAGGAGCCCCAGUUCCCUGUGUUUCCAGACUGGGGACUGCCUCGAGCAGCGGCUCUGCCCCAAGCCCGUGCUCCUGGGGUGAGCCAGUCUAGUUUCUCCCCGCCUGGCCUGCACAGCCUGGGCUCCCAGUGCCCAUGCCCCACCCCUGCCCCUCACACCCCCAAUCCAACAGCCCUACAGUGUGGCGGCCACAGGUGCAAAGCCCAGCCGCCUCUGUUGUUUUAGGGGGCUGCAGGGAGGAGUGAGCGCCUUCCAGGAACACGUAAGCUAGGUCUUGUUCUAUAAAGGGACACCUUUCAUACUUGACCAGGUUUUCGAGAAACUUCCACAUAACUAGUUCAAAAGCUGGGACUUUUGUCUCUCUUGCCCACAGUCCAGCUUUGGGGCAGCUUCACCCAAGAGCCAUUAGGGGUGUGGAGUAGGUCAGAGCCACCUUUCAUGGCCCAGGUUUGCUUUCUGGCCCAGGAGGGGCGGCCGUCCCAGGCCUGGCCCAGAGAUGUCUGAACUGUGGCCCUGGCUCGCUCUCUGGCCUGCUGGAGCUUCCUGGCACUCUUCUUGAGGUGGGUGGAGGAUCCCUGUGACCUGGUGUGGUUUGGGGCUGUGAAAGGAAGCCUGCGGCUCUGGCCUCCUGUCCAGGCAGCAGGGACCAGGGGAAAACCCAGCCCCUUCACCCCGUUUUCCUCUCCCUUUCCUACCUUCCCCCUCCCCCUGAGCAAAGGGGGCCACACAGGACCUGGAUCUCCUCAGAUGGACCCCACAGCCCCAGAAUGAGCAAUAAAACCAGAGCCAGCAGGCAGCCAGUGCAGACACCUUACUCUGUGCUGCCUUGGGGACCUGGGGACCUGGGGACCUGGAUGCUCUCGCUGGCUAGGGCAGGUGGAGCAGCCUCCUGUGCUCAGGUGGGCUUCAGGGAGCCGCUUGCCCACCGUAGUGCUGCUGCUGGCCUGUCCCCCACUGCCCUGGCCUGCCUUUCAUCCUGUAUGGUAUCAGGUGAGGAUGGGUGAGGAGCGCCCUCACUGCCCCGCUGGCAUUCUCUGGGUAAGGGCACUUGUUCACACUCACCUGGGGGCACGUGUCAGACUGGAGACUGUUUUCCUUGCAUUAAAGAAAGUUUUCAUUGUGCCGA